CGUGAGGGAGCGUACGUGGUGCGGGGAUGCCGUGCCUGCGACGUGCGGCCGAGUGACGAUGCCGCGGGUACCGUGGGGCUCGCUCUGUCUGUGGUUCGUGUGAUGACACCUGGCUGUCCAGGGGCGCUGCGGGGGUGCGGUCCUGUGGCCAGUGAGGCGGUGACUCGGGACCUCUUGGAGGCAGUAAUGUUCAGUGAUGUUCAUAUUGACUUCUCUCAGGAGGAGUGGGGAUGUCUGACUGAAGAUCAGAGAGAUUUGUACAGAGAUGUGAUGUUGGAGAAUUACAGCCACCUGCUGUCAGUGGGACAUCUCAUUUCUAAGCCAAAUGUAAUCUCGUACUUGGAGCAAGGGAAGGAGCCCUGGUUGGUUGAUGGAAAUCUGACAAGAGGCCAGUGGCCAGUUCUAGAGUCAAGUUGUGAGGCCAAGAAAUUAUUUCUGAAGAAUAAAAAUUAUGAAAUAGAGUCAGCGCAGUGGGAGAUGAUAGGAAGACACCCACGACAUGACCUUCAGCGCUCUAGCUCCAGAGGGUAUUGGAACUAUAAUGGCCAGGCUGAAAGGCAGCAUGGCUCAUGGGAGAGACAUUUUAGUGAACUGAUAGCUCAUGAAGACAUGGCCAUUCUCAGCCAGUAUCCACCCUUCACACUGCAACAUAUUAUGAAUAAUAAGGAGAAGUACUGUGCAAGUAAAGAAAAUAGGAAACACUAUCAACAUGGCUCACAGUUUACUACCCAUCAAUUAAUUUAUACCAUUGAGAAGCCAUAUGAAUGUAAAGACUGUGGCAAGGCCUUUAGACAUCCUUCAAGACUUGCUCAUCAUCAGAAAAUCCACACUGGCAAGAAACCCUUUGAAUGCAAGGAGUGUGGAAAAACAUUCAUUUGUGGCUCAGACCUUACUCGACAUCACAGAAUCCAUACAGGUGAGAAACCCUAUGAAUGUAAGGAAUGUGGAAAGGCCUUCAGUAGUGGUUCAAACUUUACUCGACAUCAGAGAAUUCACACUGGUGAGAAGCCCUAUGAAUGUAAAGAAUGUGGGAAAGCCUUUAGUAGUGGUUCAAAUUUUACUCAACAUCAGAGAAUUCACACUGGAGAGAAACCCUAUGAAUGUAAGGAAUGUGGCAAUGCCUUUAGUCAGAGUUCACAACUUAUUAAACAUCAAAGAAUCCACACAGGAGAAAAACCCUAUGAAUGUAAGGAGUGUGAGAAAGCGUUCCGGUCUGGUUCUGACCUUACUAGGCAUCAGAGAAUUCAUACUGGAGAGAAACCUUAUGAAUGUAAGAUAUGUGGGAAAGCCUAUUCUCAGAGCUCACAACUUAUCAGCCAUCACAGAAUUCAUGAUGGUGAGAAACCCUAUGAGUGUAAAGAAUGUGGGAAGGCUUUUAGAGUGCGCCAACAACUUACUUUUCAUCACAGAAUUCACACUGGGGAGAAACCCUAUGAAUGUAAGGAGUGUGGAAUGGCCUUCAGGCAGACUGCCCACCUUACUAGGCAUAAGAGACUUCAUUCUGUUGAAAAGCUCUAUGACUGUAAGGAAUGUGGUGAAGCUUUCAUAUAUGGCCCAGAUCUUAGAGCACAUCAGAAAAUUCAUAUUGGUGAGAAGCCCUAUGCAUGUAAAGAAUGUGGGAAGGCCUUCAGAGUACGAGGACAGCUUACUCUCCACCAGAGGAUUCAUACCGGUGAGAAACCCUAUGUGUGUAAAGAAUGUGGGAAGGCCUUUAGACAGUAUGCUCACCUCACUCGGCAUCAGAAACUUAAUAUUGCUGACAGACUCUAUGAAUGUAAAGAGUGUGGGAAGGACUUCUUAUGUGGCUCUGGCCUUAGAGUUCAUUAUAAGCUCCAUACUGGUGAGAAGCCCUAUGAAUGUAAGGACUGUGGGAAGGCCUUUAGAGUGAGACAACAGCUGACACUCCAUCAGAGAAUUCAUACUGGUGAGAAACCCUAUGAGUGUAAGGAAUGCGGGAAGACCUUUAGUCGGGGUUAUCAUCUGAUUCUCCAUCACAGAACCCACACUGGCGAAAAGCCUUAUGAGUGCAAAGAAUGCUGGAAGGCAUUUAGCCGCUACUCGCAGCUUAUUUCACAUCAGAGUAUUCAUGUUGGUGUCAAACCCUACGACUGUAAGGAAUGUGGGAAGGCCUUCAGGCUGCUGUCACAACUUACACAGCAUCAGAGUAUUCACGUUGGGGAAAAGCCCUACACCUGUAAGGAAUGUGGGAAGGCCUUCAGAUUGCGUCAAAAACUGACUCUGCACCAGAGCAUUCACACCGGUGAAAAGCCCUUCGAGUGUAAGGAAUGUAGGAAGGCCUUUCGACUUAAUUCUUCUCUUAUUCAACAUCUGAGAAUUCAUUCUGGCGAGAAACCCUAUGAAUGUAAGGAAUGUAAGAAGGCCUUUAGACAGCACUCACACCUUACCCAUCAUCUGAAGAUUCAUACUGUAAAAAUGUAAGAAUGUCUUAUUGGUCCUAUUCUAUAGAACAUUCCAUGAAUUUACAGUUAAUCUCUUACUUUAUACAUAUAACUGGCUCAGCAGAAGAGAUUUUAUACUAUUAAAGGAACAUGUAAAUUUA